CUGCGUGCAGCACAUGACAAAGGUAGGCAAGCAGCUCUGGGAGAAGAAUGUUACAACUGGGGACUGAAGGGGCUAUCAGACAAAUUAAGGAUUUACCACAUCAUCUGAAUGAGAGAGCUCUAGGUCACAUGAGCAAGCUGCUUCCUCAACAUAUUUCUUUCAGUAUUUUCACUCCGGCUUUAGAAAUGACUGCAAGUGCCUGCUGUGAUGCCGUUGGCCUGCACAUUUGCAAGCUAAUGUAACAGAGAAACACUGUCUAAUGCAAUUUGAGUGUCUCAGAGGAACCGGUUUAGAUUUUUAUUCUAUACCUUUCCCAACAGGUCUGUAGAGUAAUGGUCACUGCAAGGACUGAAUGGGCAGAUGAAGGACCUUAAACACAGGAUGGAGAAUGAAGCUAUUCAACUGGAAAAGCAACACGUGCACAGCGUUUAUGAGAAAACAGCCCCGUACCUCAGUGACUUGCGGUGCAAGGCCUGGCCUCGGGUAAAACAGUUUCUGCUGGAUCAGGAACCCGGAAGCCUGAUUGCUGACAUUGGUUGUGGGACUGGGAAAUAUCUAAGUGUGAACAGUCAGAUCUACAACCUUGGCUGUGAUUACUGUAGCCCUCUAGUGGAGAAGGCCAGGAAGCAAGGCCAUGAAGUCUUGGUGUGUGACAACCUCCAGCUUCCCUUCAGGGACCAGGUCUUCAAUGCUGUUAUCUCCAUAGGAGUGAUCCAUCAUUUUUCAACCAAAGAAAGACGAAUCCGAGCAAUAAGAGAAAUAGCUAGAAUCACAAUCCCUGGGGGCAAUGUCAUGAUAUAUGCCUGGGCCUUGGAACAAAAGCGCAGGCGUUUUGAAAAGCAGGAUGUGUUUGUUCCAUGGAACAAGGCCUUGUGCUCAAGAAACCCCUCUGAAUCAGGUGAGAAUGCCAGCAAAGAUAAACCUGUUGACAUGCAUCUAACUGUGUACUCAGAGGAAUACCGGUGGAUAGAUGCUUUGAGAAAGGAGAUCAGCACUAAGCGUUCAUACAGUCUAGGCAGCUGCAUAUCAGUGGGAAGAUGCUGCAUUAAAAAUCCAGAAGAACAAGGUAACAGGUUUUACAGUGGCCUGGGGAAGUCCCUCCACUCUUGGUUCUUUUCCAAGUCACUUGAUGAAUCCAGCAUGAAGAAACACAUUGAGAAAAUGAAGUCCGUAAGGAGCUCCGAAGGGUGGGUAGACAAUGCUGUUCUAGUCCAGCCUUCAAGGCACUGUAGUGUAGAUUUAGGUCAUGGUGGGUCAUUGUUAAAUAGACAGAGCUUUGAAGAAGAUGAUGUAUUUGUAGAGACCACAAACCAUAAAGAAGCACAAUGGUGGAAAGCCACAGGCACUUUAAGAGAGAUAAAUGGAGGGCACCAAACAGUAGUCCACAGAAAGAAUGGUCCAGUAAAUGGGGAGCAAUAUAAGCCUACAGUUAAUGGUACAAAUGAUUUAAACUCUGUCAGUAACAGGAUCUUCCGAAGAACAUCAACACUUGAUUCCACAGACUCUAUUCUCGAUGAAAUAGACGUGGAGGAUGAACAGGACAAUCUGGUAGAUACCAAAGACUUCAUGCGCUAUUACCAUGUUUUCAAAGAAGGGGAGCUGUCACAUCUAAUUGAAGAGAAUGUGAAUGAACUCAGUAUAGUCAGUUCGUGCUUUGACCAUGGCAACUGGUGUGUCAUUGCAAAGAGGAAAGCAUCGGGUGUCAGUGCUUUGUAAUAUGUCACACAGAAUCAGAAUGUAAUCAUAAGGCUUAUCCAUCAGCAAAAGACUGCUUUUACAGCAUAUCCUCAUAAAGCUAUUAAAUGAUGGCCAAUAACUUGUGAUUACAUUUGUUUGAGAAGUGUAGCAAAGAGAAAAAAUAAGUGUUUAUAUAGUCAAUUUUAAACCUACUAUCCCUGAACCAUUUACAAUACAACUGAAUAAAACAGGUGUGGAUUGUGCCCUUAAGCAGUUGUAUA